UUUGAGCUCUCAUAUCCUAGCUCGAUCGACAAGCACUAGCUAGUAUUCCGUUCUCCAAAAUCAUCCCAUGUUCAAUAUGUCUAGGGACCCAUUGGUCGUUGGGCAUGUUGUGGGGGAUAUCGUGGAUCCCUUCAUCACAACAGCAUCACUGAGGGUCUUCUACAACAAUAAGGAGAUGACAAAUGGAUCCGAGCUUAAACCAUCUCAAGUGAUGAGUGAGCCAAGGGUCCAUAUCAGUGGGCGUGACAUGAGGACUCUCUACACACUUGUCAUGGUGGACCCUGAUGCACCAAGCCCCAGUAACCCUACUAAAAGAGAGAACCUUCACUGGUUGGUGACAGACAUUCCAGAGACAACUGAUACCAGUUUUGGCAACGAAAUAGUUCCCUAUGAGAGCCCACGUCCUACUGCCGGAAUCCAUCGCUUUGUGUUCAUCCUGUUCAGGCAGUCAGUCAGGCAGACCACCUAUGCGCCAGGGUGGCGAUCAAACUUCAACACCAGGGACUUUGCAGCGAUCUACAACCUCGGCUCCCCUGUCGCUGCAGUUUACUUCAACUGCCAGAGAGAGAACGGAUGUGGUGGAAGAAGGUACAUAAGGUGAUAUACAAAGUUGUGUCCAAAUAGCUGUGUGCUUGCCUCUCUGAACGCAGAGAAGCAUAAUAGCAACUGGGGUAUAAAAGUACUUCCUAGCUAAAUGAAAAACAUAUCUUGUGUGUUUGUGUGGUAAUGGGUGAGGAUUGCAACGACAAUGCAUGCUCACAACAAUCAUAAGAACUGUCAUUAGUUCACUACAGAUUGUAGUUCCGAUGUAAUGUUACCCUGACUUGCCCUAGCCUUCUCAGUCACAAGAAGUGUAGCUGGGGCAAUAGUGUUCAAGUAUUGGGAAAAUGGCAUGGUUUGAGAUA